AACAUGGUUUGUUUUGUAGCCCAGUCGCAGGAAAUAUCAACAAAAUUCAUGUCAGGCAAUGUGAUAUUUACAUGGCCCCCGUCAGGAAACUCUUCAUCAUACGAUGUUAUCAUCACUAGAAAUACAACAAAAGACCCAUUGGAACGUAUAACAGUUCCUCAAUGCAUAGUAAAGGACGCCAUUUUGUAUGAUUCUAUCGGCAUUUCAGUGGUAUAUCUUACACCAGAUGUGCGUUUAAUUCGCUCAGCAUAUAACGUCGUAAAAAUCAAAACCAAGAUAGGAGACACAAUGGACCUAUCAUGGACGGCGGCGUACUUUCCUGCCGCUGGACAAUACCAUGUUUACCACACAUAUAGAGAAAACAGAACCAUUUUUAGUAUUAGCAGGAGCGGAGUAAGUUACGGAGGAGAUACAGUGUCGACAAAGUUUACAUACCUAACCAGACCGUUUGUUUCCACUAAUAUCAUGUUUGAGAUAAGGGACAUAACUCUGGAUGACGCUGGAUAUUACAAUGGUGGAAUGUCGGGUGAAGCUUCGUGGUCAGGUGGAGGUGUUGUACUGGUUGUACACAACAAACCCUCGAAGCCAAGGAUAACAGGAGACCUUAACGUUGAGGUCAAUAGAUAUUUAACACUGACGUGUUCCAGUCAAUCAACCUCAGCCCCUGACUACUACUCCAAGCUCGUCACCUUGUCUCACACCUGGUUGGUCAACGAAACAAAGAUGGGUAGAGAAACCAGAGAUACAUUGAGAUUAUAUGUAACUAGAGAUCUCAAGUACAACAGGUACACGUGUAAAGCGACAGAAGAAGACUUGGAGUCAGAUAGAAGUGAACCAGUACAGAUAAACCCACUGUACGGACCAGACAUAAUAAAAUUCACUCCAAAACCUAUAUUGAACAUCAAUGACAAAUUAACAGUAAGGGAAGGAGAGACUAUUAGUCCCUUUGUUUGUACAGCGGAUUGCAAUCCACCUUGUAAUAUAGCGUGGAAAGUAAAGGGCUCCGAUGGAUUCAGUGAUGCUCGUUCAGAGAUGGGGACGUUAUUGCAACAACAAGUACAGAGAAAUAUGCGGUUAUUCCGAUGCCAAGCAGAUCGGGGAAAUAAGACAUCAAAACAAGGCAUUCAACUUGAUGUCCAAUAUUUAGAUGAUACUAUCUUGUAUAUCAAUGGCGAAAUGAUAAGUAAUAUCGAGUUGAAUGAAAACGCGCCAAUGAGAAUAUCGUGUCACGUGGAUGGAAACCCCACCCCCACAAUACGUCUCAGUAGGGGUCAGGGAUACACUGAACUCGAACAGAGACAGGGGCCAUGGCUGAACUACACCAUAGACACGGCUCAAUGUACCGACACAGACACGUAUAGAUGUAGAGGGACAUCUACAGGAUUCAGCAACACAGAAAAAGUGAUAAACAUCAGCGUUCUAUGUAACACCAGAUUUGAUAAAGCCGGUAGUUUCAAAUCCACAUAUGGGUCAAAAAGUGAAACGGAUACCACAAUACAUGUUGCUGUUCCAAUCAUUGCUAACCCUCCUCCACAAUCAUCUGACUUCAAGUGGGACGGUCCUGUGCCAGUGUCUGCGAGGACAACUAUUUCUACAGAAGAUGUGUCAUACAAACACGUGAUCGAAAGCUUCAUCCCCGUGAAGGAUCAUACUUAUUUUGGAAACUACACACUGUCAUACAAAGGACAAACAGUCACUAGAAUCACAAUCAACGAUGAAGACGUACCACAAACCCCCUCAAACUUCACUGGAUAUUCCUACACCAACAGCUCCGUCAGUUUGACUUGGGUAUCGGGCUUCAAUGGCGGACCUGAGCAAUUUUUCAUACUGUAUGCAAUGGAAGGUUCCAAUUGGAAGGUAAUUGGAAACGUAUCAGAUCCGGGGGAAGGAAGACUUGUCUAUUUCGACCCUGGAUUUUUGUCCCCGGGACAAGAAUAUUCGUUUCGAAUACAGAGCUGUAACAGGAUAAACUGUUCUUUACUCUCUGCUGAUACAAGAGUUACAGUGAAAGAUAACCUUUUGGAAAAUUCAAGUAUGGAAUCAUCAGGAGAAGUGGCAUCGAGAUCAUGUAUUAUUGCAAUCUCCCUGGUUUCUAUUCUCCUGGGACUGACGUGGUUUAUGGUGGCAGUGUUUUUUGUAUAUAACAGACGAUGUCGCAAUGUUCAUCAGAAUAGUAAACAUGGCGAAGAAAGCACCCAACUUCAAACUCAAAACAUGACACAACAUUACGAUGACGUACAGGGUACAGUUGUAGACCAACUCGAAGCGCAAAAUAUGACACAGCAUUACGAUGAUGUACAGGGUAGGGUUGAUGAAGGAAACUACACGGACCUAAAGGAAGGCAGGACAGUUGCAGAGGGAGAUUACACCGAACUAGCUCAAUGUGACCCAGAAACUCCUUACGAGAAGUUAAAGGAAUGAAUAGCGACGAUCCUAUAAAGGAGAAGGAAUUUAAGAGAAGGUUACAUACGUGACAUACUUUAUGGCGAGAUAUACAAAAUGUCUUGGUUAUGUAAUUGAAGCAAAAAAUGAUUAUAUUUUUUCCCCAUUAAUUCCUGUGUAAAUAUUCGACCCCUUUUUUUUUAAAUUUACAUGAAGAAGCCUGCACAGACGAUUCAGCUUUUUUCGCCAACAAUUUUAUUUUGUUUUUUGUUGUUUGUUUUUUUUUAAAUCAACAUUUUUUUUAAAACUUCUUAAUUAUUUUUUCCUAAGAGAAAAAAAAAAUAGCUCUUUAUUUCUAAGAAAUUUGGAUUUUCUUUACGUAAUAAUAUAUUGUGCAAAAUUUGGUUGAGAUAUGAGGUUCU